AUGGGAGAGGAGAACCAAACCUCUGUGGUAGAAUUUGUCUUCCUGGGCCUCUCACAGGAUCCAAAGACACAAGUUCUGCUCUUCUUCCUGUUUCUGGCCAUCUACCUGCUCACCGUGCUGGGAAACCUGCUGAUGGUCGUGCUCAUUCACAUAGACCCCAGGCUCCACACACCCAUGUACUAUUUCCUUAGAAACCUGUCCUUUGCUGAUCUCUGUUUUUCUACCACCACUGUGCCCCAAGUGCUUGUCCACUUCCUGGUGAAGAGGAAAACCAUUUCCUUUGUUGGAUGCUCAACACAAGUAGUUGUUUUACUUCUCGUUGGGUGUACGGAUUGCGCACUGCUGGCGGUGAUGUCCUAUGAUAGGUACGUGGCCGUGUGUAAGCCGCUGCACUACUCCACCAUCAUGACACGUGGGGUAUGUGUGCAGCUGGCUGUAGGGUCCUGGGCCAGUGGGGCCUUUGUGUCCCUGGUGGACACCACAUUCACAUUGCGUCUUCCCUACCGAGGAAGCAAUGUCAUUAACCAUUUUUUCUGUGAACCUCCUGCCCUCCUGAAGCUGGCUUCAGCAGACACUUACAGAACAGAAAUGGCCAUCUUUGCGAUGGGCGUGGUCAUCCUCCUGGCUCCUGUCUCCCUCAUCCUCAUCUCCUACUGGAAUAUCAUCUCCACUGUGAUCCGGAUGCAGUCUGGGGAGGGGAGGUUCAAGGUCUUCUCUACCUGUGGUUCUCAUCUCAUUAUUGUUGGUCUCUUCUAUGGCUCAGCCAUAUUUGCCUAUAUGAGGCCAAACUCCAGAGUAAUGAAUGAAAAGGAUAAAAUGAUAUCUGUGUUCUACUCAGCAGUGACCCCCAUGCUGAACCCCAUCAUUUACAGCCUGAGAAAUAAGGAUGUUAAAGGGGCACUCAGGAGAGUAACUGCAACAUAG